UUGCUCUUGCAGAAAGAUUGCGCAGUCCAUGUUCUGCGAUUUUCCGAUAUGACGGAAGACGUUGCGGAGGAGAAAUCCUCUGCGCAGCCGUUUCUGACGCGUCUGCGAUUGGCCUUAGCACCAUACACGGUGCAUUUCCAAAACCCUGGCUAUAUCAGGGAGGAGACAAUGCGCAUGCUUGAGCAAGAUGUUGUCAAGAAGACGCUGGAAGAAACCAGGCGCAAUUUCGAGCUUCGUGAGGAACUUGGUCUAUCCGAAGUUUUCUGGGACGAUCUCGCCGGCGUCAUCAAGGCCGCCAUUCCGUCCCUCGAGCGACGCAGUUUUGCCGCGCCCGAUCCCGUAACCCCCGAGUACGAAGGCCUUUCCGGUCCGCUUAUCGCUUCCUACUCCCCGACCCUCUUGCGCGACCUGGAACGGCUCAAUCAGCUCAUCGCUAUUGGACGGAAUGUUCUAGUAUUUGGCGAGAAAGUGCAAAAUCUAUCGGCGAUGAGGCUGUUCGAUAAGGAUAUAUACGCAAUGAUCAACGUAUGUGUGCGGGUCACGGCUCGAGGAUACGAUGGUGAGGCUGGGACGCAAGACGAAGAUAAAUGGCAGAGUGUCAUCAAUGCGUACAAGAAACUUCUAAUCACUUGUCUUCAAUUCCUGAACAAUAUUAUCGCGCGGAACGAGCAGCGAAAACUUAUGCUCUGGAUUGAACUGUUUGACAGCCAUGUCGAGAAUGAACUCCCCAAUUUUGCGGAUAUGAAAUACAAUAUGGAUACCAUGCCACACGAGGAGCGUGAGUCUUCGUCGAAAGAAGAACCAUUUGUUCCCGCUCUAGACAUAUCUCUAGGUCCAGAUCAAUUUAAGAUUCCACAGCAGCCAGCGUCCUCCCCGUUUCUGCUCUUUAUUGGGGAGGUGGGUGGCGAAGUAAAGAAAUGGCUACUCCAGCACGGCGAGAAAGCAGGCGGAAAUGAGAUCGCGGCUGAAUGCCGAAGGCGGUGGCAAACCAUGUCGGAAGAAGAGAAAAGCAAAUGGAACAUGCUGUACGCCGAUGUCGUAGCUCGCUAUCGCGAUGAAAUUACGCAGUCUAGCGUGUACAAAAAGGUCCUGGACCAGCACGCUAAGAAUGAGGAGAGCGUACAGGCUCUUGCCCAUAGCAUCAAUCAACUGCAAGUUGAGGUAGACAGGAUGCGGUCUUCCAUAGCGGCAUCUAGUGAUGAAUCUCCGCCGCCAGCAUCCGAAGAGGACAACAAGACCAUGCCCGUCCUGGACCAUACCAUGUUGAAUCCGAGAAUCGUCAGGUCAUCCCCGGCAGCAUCCCCUGCCUCACCUCCACCCGAUGACGAUGAUAAUGAUGACGACUAUGACGACUCCGGCGACGAGGGUCAUGGGCUGCUGACGGAUGUUCCUUUAAUCUUAGGGCCGACUGAGAUAGAAGUAUUGCCAAUGAUUAUCAUGGCCGGUAUUGUGGAGCCAACAGAAGGCCAGCCCGGCUUUCAUUCCGACUCCGCUGUGUUUAGCAGCAUACGAAGCAUGCACAGUGUGAGAUGCCAUCUUCUUCUCGCUCAAGAUAAUGGCCGCAAUCUUCUGCGAGAGCUUCUUAUCUUUGUUGCUGCAUGGGAUUUGCGUGAGGAUGAACUUUAUUUCAAGUUCAUGGUCAAGAUCAUGGAGGCUAUUCUUGCUAACGGAUUACUUCCAUUCGCCUACCAUGCUUUCCGAGAGUCCGAGUCAAAGGACAUAAUAUCCCCUGCCCAAGCCGUCAUCAUGAAGCUUCUCACGAAUAUCUUCCGUGCGCGUCAAGCUCGUACGCCCUCGAAACACCUCAUGAAGUCACCGCCGGCCCAAGUCGACCAAGGAGAUGCCCACAUGGUGAAUUUCCUGCUCACCCAGUUUCGACGCCAUAUUCUGCCGCAGACGUGUGCACUCAUCUUCCUCCAGGGACAGAUUCGGGCAGGACAUGCGCAGCCUGAAGACUUCCCGUUAAACUUGUGGGACAUGGAGCGCAUGUAUGAAGGUGUUUAUCAAUACCUAGAGUUCUUCGCGAUUCUCACUGAGCACGAUACCUGGAAGACCAUGCUGAGCAACUGGGAAGUCGCUAAUGAAUUGGUUACGCUGCUGAAGGAGCUGGAUGCAGCUAUUCCCAAGGGGCAGAUAUCGGUUCCCCCGCUCACUGCCGCAUCGCGACAGCCCGCUCCUGUACCACUCGCAGAGCCUGAACCCCAGCCAGUAGCGGUGGAGAGACCCUACGAUACGUCUGCGAACCCUUCGGCUCCUGAAGGCUACAUGCCGUCACCACGCCCAUUCAUCGACGAGGCGCAAGACGAACCUUCCGAGUUUGAAUGGCGGAACCUUAAGAAGCUUGCCGUUCUGGUCAUGAGCUCACUUGUGUGGAAAAAUCGUCAAGUCCAGGACCAGAUUCGCCCUCUUGGUGGAAUUGAAGCGGUUCUGAAUUGCUGCUCGUACGAUGAGCACAAUCCCUACAUACGCGAACACGCUAUCAUGUGCUUGCGAUUCCUGAUGGAAGGCAACAAGGAGAACCAAGACCAUAUUCGCGCCCUCGAACGUUACGAGAAGGAGAAGGUAAACGCGGCUGAUGCCCGACGACCUGAACCUCCCGUCCCACAGCAACAGCCACCAAGCCAAUCCCCCGUUAGCGUGCGUGUUCCCGAGGAGGUCCUUGAUCAGCAAGGCUACGAAACAUAUAUGGACCCAAAAGGACAAGUUCUUCUCAGGAAACGCGAAGCCAGAGUUCCUGCUCCAACGGUGGGCAGUACAAACAAAGGAAAGGCGAAGCUAGAGACUAGGGACCCCAAAGAGCUAGAAGUGCUGGUGCAGCAGGUCAUGCGGGAGAUGCCUGUGAAAGUACAGGGUGUCAAGCACGACGCUGAGAAAGCGGCCGCUCUGGCUAAGCUCGACCGAGAGUUCGACGGAAAAGGAUAG